AUGUCUUCAUCAUCACCUGAAGAUUUACUAAAAUCUGCCGAAAAGAGAGCAGCCUCUUCGGGAGGAUGGUUUUCCUCCGGUUCGGCAAAAUUAGAAGAAGCAGCUGAAUUGUUCAAAGCGGCAGGGAAUAAAUUCAGAUUAGCAUCAAGAUUUGAUGAAGCUGGUCAAGCAUUCAUGCGUGCAGCCGAAACUGAAAUCAAAGCAGGUGAAACGGACUAUGCUGCAAAUACAUACUUUGAAGCUUAUAAGAGCUUCAAGAUGGCCAGACCUGAACUGGCCGUCGUGGCAUUGACACGCUGUAAGGAUAUACUGGUAGAAAAGGGAAGGUUUAGACAGGCAGCAGAUCGUCAAAAGAACAUUGCUGAAUUAUACCGAAACGAGGCCAACGAUCCAUCAAAAGCUUUGGAGUCAUACGAACAAGCAGGUCAAUGGUACAUUCAAGAAAAUGCAAACGCAACAGCUUCAGGCUGUUUCAGAGAAGCAGCAACGAUUGCAACAGAAAUUAGCGAUUAUAAACGUGCAUUGGAGAAGUGGGAACAAGUGGCUCAAAUGAGCUUAGAGAGUAAUUUGACAAGGUAUAGCGUAAAGGAUUACUAUUUAAACGCAGGAUUGUGUUAUCUUGCUCUACCUGAUUAUGUUGCUUGUGGAAAUGCUAUGGGUUUUUAUGCACAACAAGAUGCAUCUUUUCCUACCACUAUGGAAGGUCAAUUCUUACACAACAUCCUACAAGCAUGCGAAGCAGGUGAUGUCCCUGGCUUUGAUGAAUUGGUAGCCAAUUUUGAUCGAACGAAGCGAAUCGUGGGAUGGCAAGCAAGUCUUUUACGCAACGUUCGCAAAGGAAUGCAAGAAGAACCUGAUCUGGCGUAA